AUGACGUUCAUGCUCCGCUCUGGUCGGAUGUAUCCUCCUCACAACUCCCACGAAUCCGUCCGCUUGACUCUCUGGCGGAGGAAAACCUACGCGCCAUACUCCGAGUUCCCGUUAGCGGUGACUCGGUGGAAGAGGAUCCGGAAGACCCUGAGGAGGAAUAAGAACGAGUGCCCCGAAAGGCUGCUCCUCGACCUACAAAGCGUUCCCGCGCCAAAGAAGGCGGAGCGCCAGCGCCUGAAGAUGCUUUCGACAGCAGGGAAGCCCUCACGUCCCAACAUUCCGGGCGCAGCGAAUCCGAACCCUACCACCGCGCGGACCAAUGUUCAGGAGCAUAUCACUAAGUAUAUGCAGAAGAAAUCUCCCACCGUUGGUCCCUUGACGCCAGCUCCGCCGAGCGCUCCACAAGCCCCCCUGCAACCUUCUCCUCCUCCCGCGGACCAGUCUCCAAUUCCUGCCGCACCCACUCCACCGGAAGUAAUUCCGGAACAAAAAGCUCUGCAUUACGAGUUGCACAAAAACAUUGCGCUGCAGUGUCGUGUGACCAUCAGCCAGGCGGAGAAAAUCCAGCACUUUCAGGCGGAGAAUGCGGAUCUGAAGAGACAACUUUCAGAAGCUCAAGGUGCCUCCUCUUCUCUUGCUGCAGCUUCCUCCGAGUUGAAAACUCUACGUGCUUCACAGAAAAAUCUUGAAGCAAAACUCGCAGAGGCAGAACAGAAAAUUUCUGAGAAGAACUCGGAGCUUGCUCGGAAAACUGGUGAGUUUGAGCUGAAAAGACAAACUGACAACGACACCAUCCAGAAGCAGCAAAGAGAAAUUGGAGGUCUCCGCAAGUAUAUGGAAACCGCAGAGAGCUGCUGGGACCUGCUCAACUCCGACGUCAUGGUUAGCGGCUAUGAUACACGCAUUGCUCGGAGGAUCCGCCAUGAUGAAUUUUAUGAGAAGGUGGUUCUUCCUGCUGACGAACCUCUCGAAGCUGAGCUUUUGGAGGAUCGCGAAGCGGAAAACAGACCCGCCCAGUCCGGAAGCCAGUAUACGUGGACAAGCUCAAAGAACCAAGGUGGCGCUGCUUCUCCGACUGCAGCUGGAGCGGAAGAAGAUGAAGAUGUCUCUUCGCCUGCCAAAGACGCAGAGAAGGAAACUCCGACUGACGCAGGGGGAGCUGAUGCCAACGUGGAAACUUCUCCGGUUAAGGAGAAGUAA